UUUUGGGGGGAAGGCCCGGGGCUCCAUAGGAUAUACUGCCCAUAAUCGAUUUCCAUGUAGUAUUACUUCUCUCGAAAUCAUUUAAUUGAUUUGCUGAUCUUAAUUGUAAGAUACAAAAAAAAAAUCAGAGAAACAAAGAACUCAGUGAGAGAAGAACAUUGAAGAAUUCAGAAUCAAACGACCAGACGGAUGUGUUUUCUUUUGUGGUAGAAUGAAUAUCAACGGACCUCCCAUACAAUGCUAUCCACUGCCCGUCUCAAUCAAAAUCUCAGAAUAACACAGGGGUGUCUGAAGGAGGUACUGAACAUUUUGUUUACUAACCACAACACUUCUGUACACUCUUCUGCACAUCUUCUCCUGUUGCACAGCUGCACUGCCCACAAAGUUAUAUCAGAGGGCAAGCGAAACCACUCUGAUAUCUAUGACAGAAUAUUGGUAUUUACCCCGGAUACACUUUUACCAAAUACACUUAUAAACAUGUAUGACAAGUGUGGAAGUUUGAUGGAUGCUCGUAAAGUUUUUGACUACAUGAGUACACCAGAUGUCUACUCCUGGAACAUGAUAAUUGCAGCGUACCGAAGGCAUGGACUUCCUCAAGAGGCACUGGCAUUGUUUCACCAAAUGCAACGAACAGAUGUCCAACCUGAUCACUUCACAUUCUCAACUAUUCUCCCUGUAUGCUCCAACAUGGCAUCCCUGGAUCAUGGUUUGCAGAUCCAUGGAAAAUUAAUCAGGUAUGGAUUUCAAACCAAUGUUAUUGUCAAGAAUACCCUGAUAGAUUUGUAUGCAAAAUGUGGAAGCAUACACAAGGCAUACGAGUUGUUUGACAAAAUGACUCAACGAAGUGUUGUCUCAUGGACUGCUAUGAUUGUUGCAUAUGAACAAAAUAGCCUUGUGGAAAACUCUUUAGAGAUUUUUAAGCAAAUGCAGUUGGCAGAUGUAGAGCUCAACUCAGCAACCUUUUCCAGCAUCCUACCUGCGUGCGCUAAAAUGGGAGCCUUGGAUGAGGGUAUGGAAAUCCAUCGAAAAGUAUUUGAAGACGGAUUUUCUUCAGAUGUUGUAGUUGUGACAGCCUUGAUAGACAUGUAUGCAAAAUGUGGAAAUCUACAGAAGGCACAUGAAUUGUUUGAUGGUAUACCUCAACAAGAUGUGGUUUCAUGGACUGCAAUUGUCGCUGGAUAUGUACAGAAUGGGUUUGUUGAUAAAGCUUUAGAGAUAUUCAAGCAUAUGCAAUUAGCAGGUGUAAAGCCAAACGCAACAACCUUUGCCAGCAUCCUUCCAGCAUGUGCCAAGAUGGGAGCCUUGGAGCAAGGAUAUGGAAUGCAUGGCUAUUGCAAAGAAGCCCACAAACUCUUUGAAUUAAUGAAGCACUCUCAAACCAAACCCAACCGUGUAAGUUUCAUUUGUGUUUUAUUUGCAUACAGCCAUGCAGGUAUGGUGGCUGACGGAUGUAAAUACUUCAAUCUCAUGAGUGAUUCUUACUGUAUCAUACCUACAAUAGACCAUUACGUAUGUAUAGUUGACCUUAUUACCCGUGCAGGUUAUCUUGAGGAAGCCCUGAACUUUAUCAUAAAAAUGCCAAUAAAACCUGAUUUGGUUGUGUGGAUGUGUUUGCUUGGUGCUUGUAGAUCACAUAAGAGUAUAGCAUUAGGAGAAUUUGUUGCAGGACUCCUCUUUGGAUUGGAUUGUAAAAAGACUGCACCUUAUGUUCUUUUGUCAAACAUUUAUUCAGAAGCAGGCAGGUGGAGUGACGCUCAACAAGUAAGAAAAUUCAUGAGUGAUAGAGGAGUUGAAAAGAUACCAGGAUGUAGCUGGGUUGAAGUUCAUAAAAUGGUACACACCUUUUGUGUAGGAGAUAGAUCCCACCCACAAACACCGCAAAUCUAUGCAAAGUUGGAUGAGUUGUUUUGCAAGAUGAAGGAAGCAGGAUAUAUUCCAGAUACGAGACCUGUAUUGAAUGAUGUAGAGGAGGAGGAGAAAGAAUUAAUCCUCGUACACCAUAGUGAGAAGUUGGCAAUUGCAUUUGGACUGUUAAACACAUCCCCUGGAACAACUCUCAGAGUUGUCAAGAACCUUAGAGUAUGUGCUGACUGCCAUUCUGCAAUCAAGUUUAUUUCAACGGUUGUUGCAAGAGAAAUUGUUGUGAGAGAUGCAAACCGUUUCCAUCAUUUCAAAAAUGGACAAUGUUCUUGUGGAGAUUUUUGGUGAUGUAAAGCAAAACAAAGCCUAUAAAUACAGGCUUGCAGUAGAACAAGGUGCAUGAUGGCAGACUUGCAUGGGUAAGAGCGAUCAGUUUUAUUUCCUGUUUCUAAAAAAUAUUGCUUCUGAUUAUUUUGAGAGUUACUAUACAUUUGAUUUGAUGAAAUGGUGUUCUAUUGUAUGCAUCUCUGUCUGCAUAUAUUUACAAUGUAUUUAUUUUGUAAACCAUGCAGGAGUUGCAACAAUGAACUGUAUUUUCAGUGCA